AAUUUCACCCGAGUUGUUCUGUAAGGUGUGUGGUUUUUGCUGUAAGAGUGUUGUUUUUGGCUGUAAUUCUUGUUAUUUUUUAUUUCUUUUUGCAGAAAAAAACAUUAUGUCGGUGGCAUUUGCAGCUCACAGACAGCGGGGAAAGGGCGACAUCACACCGGCAGCUAUUCAGAAGUUGCUUGAUGAAAACAAUCAUCUUAUCCAGUGUAUAAUGGACUUCCAGAGCAAAGGAAAAACUGCAGAGUGCUCACAGUACCAGCAGAUGUUGCACAGAAAUUUAGUCUACCUGGCUACAAUAGCAGACUCCAAUCAGAAUAUGCAGUCCCUCCUGCCUGCUAAGUCUGACUCACCCACCACAGAGAUAAAGCAUGAACCUCCUUCACAGAACAUGGCUAUGGGUCCAGGGGGCAUGAGUCAAAGCGGCCCACCCCAGCCCCCGCACGGUCACAGCAUGCCCCCUGAAGGAAUGGUUGGUGGAGGACCCCCUGCCUCUCACAUGCAGAACCAGAUGAACGGACAGAUGCCUGGACCCAAUCAUAUGCCCAUGCAAGGACCUGGACCAAACCAGCCUAACAUGCCAAACAGCUCCAUGAACAUGCCACCUAACAGCCAUGGAUCAGUGGGAGGCUACAACCAUUCCGUCCCAUCCUCACAGAGCAUGCCUGUACAGAACCAGAUUAAUAUGAAUCAAGGACAGCCUAUGAGUAACUACGGCCCUCGACCAAACAUGAACAUGCAGCCUAACCAAGGUCCUAUGAUGCACCAACAGCCCCCUUCCCAACAGUACAGCAUUCCUCAGGGAGGCGGGCAGCAUUACCAGGGUCAACAGAACCCUAUGGCAAUGAUGGCCCAGGUCAGCCAAGGCAACCAUGUAAUGGGACAAAGACCAAUGCCUCCGUACAGACCACCACAGCAAGGUCCUCCUCAGCAAUACGCUGGCCAGGAGGAUUAUUAUGGGGAGCAGUACAGUCAUGGUGCACAAGGCCCUCCAGAAGGUCAUAAUGAUUACGGUUAUCAGCAACCAUCGUAUCCUGAACAAGGCAACGAUAGGCCUUAUGAGGAUUCCUCACAACAUUACUUCGAAGGAGGUAAUUCACAGUACACCCAACAGCAGGAAGCCUAUCAGCAAGGACCCCCUCAGCAGCAAGGCUAUCCACCUCAGCAGCAGCAGCAGCAGCAGCAGUAUCCAGGCCAGCAAGCUUACCCAGGGCAGCAGCAAGGCUAUGGUCCAUCCCAGGGCACCCCAGGACAGUAUCCCAGCUACUCCCAAGGGCAGGGCCAGCAGUAUGGGGGUUACAGACCUCCUCAGCCUGGCCAGCCGCAGCAGCAGAGGCCUUAUGGAUAUGAUCAAGCCAUCAUGAGGAAAUAAGGACCGGUUAUUUGAACCCCUGACUAUAUCUAUAUGACAUGAAGGGGCAAUAUGGGAAUUACCAGCAGUGAGGUACAAUAGUUACAUUCCAUGAGCCAGAGUCUCCUAGCAGCCACGUUCUGCCCUCAGGACUGGAAUAAUUCCAGUAAUGAGAAUCACUAAUUCACCCCUUUCUGUUUUGAAUUUGCAUAAUGGCUGCUGCAUUUUCUGCAGUUGUCUUUGUACUAAGUAAUAUAAGGUUUUUGCAAUUAUCAAGCUAUCUGUUUUCCACGCUCUGACUACAGUUUGUGGUGCUGAACAAAAACAAAUACAAGCAAUGUGUAAGCUAAAGUUGAAAGUUUAAUGCUUUGUAAAGUGAAAUUAAUAGUCAGUUCACUGACAUAAUAAAUCAGUCAAUGUGUUUACCCAAGGCAGGUAAACUCAAUGUUACAAGGUCAAAGUCUUCAUGGUAAUCCAUUUAAAUAGUUUUUUCUUUUUUUUUUCAUGUGUAUAUGUAUCUAUAAUCUAACUAAAAUAUGGGGAUGUAGUGACAUGUAUAGAAUUAAACACGCUAAUUUCACAGCAGUGAUGCCUUAAGUGUCUAAGUACUGUUUUAAUUGACCAAUACUUUUAAACUUUUUUUUCUUUGUUCAAAGACAAACUGCCUUAUUUCUUAUUUCAGAUUCUGUGAAACAUUUGCAUGAAUAAACAAACUCUGAAAGAGAGAAAAAAAAAA